AUGCAUUCUGAAAUCGAAAUCCAUCUGGAGGACUUGUCAUCACUUCCAGCUCCACACUUUGGCGCGGAUGAAGUCCCAAAGCGCAAACAACGAUUCAGACGUAAUCAGGUUGCCUGUGACCCGUGUCACAUGCGACGUGUUCGCUGUGAUCUGAUAUCCCCAUCACCGUGCUCACGCUGCACUCACGCUGGCAUCAAGUGCGGAUUCACGCGCACGCUACGGAAACGAGGCCGCACACCACGAUCCAAGCUAGGCAACAUAACCACCGAGCACUCUCAACGUGAAUCAAGGUUGUGGAUAAACAAUCACUCCUCUGCUCAUUCGCCAUCUUCACCAUCUUCGCCAUCUUCAAUGGGUCCCACCACCCCGGAAUCCGUGGCUGAGUCGUGGCCGCCGGCGACCAACGAGAUUGACAGCCUUUUGGCUUUGCUUGAAGAUGAAAAUCACACUACUGGGAAUACUUCACAGGGUUUGGAAAUAUCGGAACUCAGCCCCAGAGAUCCAUUUCACUCAAUAGACCAGAGAUCCGACGGCUUACCCCAUUCGAGCUUUCAAGUUGAGAGCCCUGUGCCACCGCCGCCGGUAUCGUGGGAUUCGGGUUACACGAAUUACAACACAGAGCAUGAGCCUAUUUCCAUAUUCACUAAUCUUGAGGAUACAAAUUUGGACGAAGUGAAUCCACCGGCACAGCAGCCCCCACUGCGAUAUCCCGUGUUGAAUGAGGUGAUGGGCUUUUUGGGUCCCCAUGUGCCUUUUGAGCUGAUGUGCCAUUUGAUUGAGCGAUAUUUCUGUGAAGAUCUCUUCACCAAUCCGCACAUGGUCUACGGCCAAUUGAAGUGCUCUCUUUUACGAAAGUCCUCACUCCUGGGUGACAGAUAUAGGCCUACUAAGCCUGCGCUUUUGAUGAGCAUGCUUUGGAUGGCUGCCGUGAACGACCGGGACUUUUCAUUUUCUUCAUCGUCUGUACAACAAAGCAAUCUCUGUCGGUCACUUGGUCGACUUACAUUCUCGCUCUUGCCGCAAUUAUCUGAGCACGCCUUUUCGGGGCAACAUGUGUCAUCAUCGGCGGAUUUGUCUUUUUUACCCACGCCGUCUCAGAGCAUGGGCGACCCUGUCGGUGAUUUUGAUGAUGUGAUCACUUACAUUCAUAUUGCCUCGAUUUGCUCUGCUGAAGAGAACCCGUCAAGUCUUAAGUGGUGGAAAGCAGCGAUUCAUCUUGCAAAAAAAUUGAAACUCAUUUCCAAGGCAGAUAUACUUCUGGACUCGGACGGUUCAAGCUCGAAUUACUGCGAAUACUGUGGCCGUGGCUCAUUGGAAUUCGCAGCAAAGUCAACAUGCAUGUAUCAUGAUGUGCCUGAAUCGAAUGAGGAUUUCGAUAACAAUAUACACCCUGACUCUCGCUCUGUUACAUUCUCAUAUGAGAGUCUUGAAGAACGAAGACGAGCAUGGUGGCUAUUGUACAUUAUGGACCGCCAUCUAGCGCUGCGUCAUAAUAUACCGCUGGAGAUCCUCGAUGCCGAAUGUGCCGGUGUACUCCUCCCGAUGAAUGAGACUUCUUGGCAAAAUGGCGAUUCCGUCCAUCGCGAUUCUCAUUCACAAACAGAUUUGGAUCCCGGCCGAGAAAAUCGAUCAGGGGGUCGAAUAUUCCCGGAUUUCCGAUUCAACGACUCAUCGCUCUUUGGGUUUCUGCUUCCCCUCAUGACCAUCACCGGGAAAAUAUUACGCCAGAACCAAGAUCGUUCAGAACCGCAGCAUGACAAGGGUACUGCAAAUUCUGAGAUAUCGCAACACCUCGAUGUGUAUCAAACCAGUUUGGCCACUCUUAUUACACCAGUCGAAGCCCCAAGUCCUGAAGGCAAGGAUUCAAACAAGCUUUCAGACCAACAGCAUCACACUGCGGUUAUCUAUGCGUCAUUCUUUGUCCAGGCUCUUCGCAUGAUGCUAGUGGGAAAACGAAACUGGGGGUUUUUAGUGGAGGACGAGCAAUGUUGGACUUCUCCCGCCUUUGCCUCCACGAUCUCAUUUUCCCUUAAUGCGGCCUCCUGUCUUCGAAGGAUUUUGCAUUUUGAUCCAGAUGCCAGUUUCUGUCCUUUUUUCUUUGGCAUUCAAUUAUUCCAGGUAUCCUUCCCGAUGCUGUUGAUAGUAGAGCGCCUUGAAGAGAAAUGCGGCAAAGAUGUUCUGAAUGCCUGCGAGGUCAUGAUCCGGGCUACCGAGGCUUGUCUUGUUACUCGAAAUACAGAUUAUCAGAAAAGGCUGCGUCAGCUGAUGCGGAGUGCAGUUUCGCAAUCGUGGGGCCGGCCCGUCAGUGCCAGUGAUACCAAGAGUCGCCGCAAAGCAGUGUUCGCGCUUUACUUGUGGACUCGAAGGGGUAUGCACUGGCCGGAUGAGCUGGGAGCUCCCUAG